CGUCGACACUAUCUCACCGACGGACGAGAUCUUAUGGCAUUGCUGAUGCCGAGGCCCUGCAGCUGGAGACGUCAGGCCAGAUUUACGAUGAGUAAAUUCAUGAUAUCGUAAAAGCCUUCGUUCGAGAAAGGAAAGACGUUGAAGAAGCCUCCGCAGCGGCCGUUAACGUCGAUGACACAAGCGCGUUGUGCGAAUAAAACAAGAUGUAUUACAGAGGGCUCAACUGCUUCAGAGACAGGUCUAGAAACGGAUGGAUUCUCCGGAAACCUCAUCAGUUUGUUCUUCUCCACCGGUUUAUAUGAGAGGCUCUUUGCUUUGCAAAUCUCUCUCAGCACGCCUUUUGUUCAACCCUAGCCACCGCCGACCUCACCAGCUUUCAUGACCUCAACGAAUCCCUCAUCCGCCGGCCACAGGAAUAGUAUCCAAAAUGCGGGCAGCGGAACACCUCUGCAUGAUCAAGCGUCUAUACCCUACAGGACGAGCCGAGUGGCCGCUCCGAAUCGAGCGGACCUAAAGUGGAAACCAACCGGUCCUACGAUAGAGGAGCAAAUAGCCCAACGCAGCAGUUUUGGCCGCACUAUCUUCGACGCCAACCUCAAUGAAAUCACGGAGAAAAUAAACAACAUGGACGCGAACCUCAGCAAGAGACUGGAAGACAUGCAGAUGGGCUUGGAUACGAAGAUGGGCAAGUUCACGAAAGAAAAUGAAAGCCGUUUAGACCGCAUGUCGAAGAAGUACCAAGGGAAGUUGGGGAGCUUACCUCCGCAGACGGCAGGAAAGUCCGAUGGGAGAAUGUAGCAGUGCUUUGCGUUGUAGAUAUUUUCCCGUUCAAGGAAGCUCAUUACGAGGGAACAUCAUAGAAACCCCUCCCCUCCUCUUCUCCCCCGGAGAAAAGAG